CCCUGCAGGCUCUGUUCCCAAAACCCCCCUCCUGUGCCUUGCUGCCCUCUCCUUGCAGCUGCUUUAGCACAAGGGUCCCUUGGGAUUCCCUCUGCCCCGCACUGCAAUGCCAGAGCAGACUUUGCACGGGGACUUUUAGUUCUAUAUGGGGUCUUCACACACAGGCGAUGUGUUCCUGUUUUCCAGAAGGAGGAUAAUUAAAUCACCUGUGGUCACGCCUGGCUUAAAUGCAGGAAUGCAGGAAGAGCCUCCAUCCUUUCUGGGAGCCUCCAAGCACCGGAAAACGUGAAGGGAGAAACAUCUAGGGUGAAGAGACCCACGUGGAAAGGCAAACUGGGAUCCUAAAAGGAAUUUCCUUCCCAUGYGUGGAGGUGAAAGCAUGAGAACCUCGCCACUGAACCUCAUUGCAAGGGCUUGCAGCAGUGUCCCCUUCCUCCCCACGCAGGGACUUGGCUGCCACYGCCACUGUACGUUGCACAACUCCCUCGCCGUAGUGUAAGCCUGGGUAAACAUUGACGGAUAACUUUGCACUUUGCAUUUGCUAUCUGCGGAGCUUCCUUCUCCUUGCGGGACGUGCGCGCCGAGCCCAAGAUGAAGGUCGAGUUCGCUCCGCUCUCCCUGCCGCUGCGGAGGAGGCUUCAGACCGCCUCCGUGGUCCAGUGGGUCUUCAGCUUCCUGGCGCUAGGAUUAUGCUGUGCAGCCCUCUUCAUCUACCUCUUCUUCACACGUUUUUGGCUGAUCAGUGCCCUCUACACAGCCUGGUGGCUGAUAGACAGGGAAACACCCCAAAAAGGCGGGAGGCGGAUUCACAUCAUCCGGAACAGUGUCGUCUGGAGGCACAUGAGGGACUACUUCCCCAUCAAGCUGGUGAAGACAACGGAGCUGGACCCUCGCAAGAAUUACCUGCUGGGCUUCCACCCCCAUGGCGUCCUGGCGGCCGGGGCCUUUGUCAACUUCUGCACGGAGGCAUCAGGCUUCUCCACGCUCUUCCCAGGCAUCACGCCACACCUGAUGAUGCUCUCGCUGUGGUUUCGCAUCCCCUUCCUCAGGGACUACCUGAUGAGUGGAGGCCUGGUCCCCUCUGACAAGGAGAGCGCAUCCCAUGUGCUGCGGCGGCCUGAGGGAGGCAACUUGCUGACCAUCAUCGUCGGUGGGGCGCAGGAGGCGCUGGACGCCCGACCAGGCUCCUUCAUCUUGCUGCUGAGGAAGAGGAGGGGCUUUGUCCGCCUGGCCAUCGAGCAUGGCACCCCGCUGGUCCCUGUUUUCUCCUUCGGUGAGAACGAGCUCUACGAGCAGGUCAGCAACCCCAGGGGCUCCUGGCUGCGGUGGCUCCAGUACCAGCUCCAGCAGAUCAUGGGUGUCUCCCUGCCCCUCUUCCACGCGCGAGGCAUCUUCCAGUACAGCUUCGGGCUCGUCCCCUACCGCCGACCCAUCUACACCGUGGUUGGAAAGCCAAUUCCUGUGCAGAGGAAGCACAACCCCUCUGAGGAAGAGGUUGAUCAGUUGCAUCAGAAAUACUUAGAAGAAYUGUCCAAGCUCUUUGAGGAGCAUAAAGCGAAAUAUAACAUCCCUGAAGACAAACACCUCGAAUUUAUUUAGAGCUCCUCGUGUGAGUGUAAGCCACAGAAUUCAAGCUCCAAGUUUUCCCUCUGUCUCUGGGACUAAUUCACAAUUUURCCUUAGUCACAGUCAACAUAUGGUCGAUGCAAUGUUGGGAGCAGGACUUUUUUUUUCGCAGCAUUUCAUGGGUCUACAGUCUGUUUUCAUCUUCUCUCUGUAGGACACAGACACAAAAAGAUAAGAACAACAAAGAAAAAUCCCAUUCAACCAACUCAGCACUAUUAAAACAUCCUUGUAGAAAACUCAAAAUUUGACCCUGGCUUAGGCUAGGUUUUCAAGUUACUUCCAGAUAGAAAUGAAUUAUGGAAACUUUCUUUCAUAUUUAAUCCAAGUGCCAUUUUCUCAGACUGGCCAAGAAAAAAUUCACUCUGGAAAAUGUCCUCAAAGGUAUCUACCAGGAUAACCAGGUCUUUGCUACCACUCAGUUCUCUGACUUCAUGAAAAAUUCACAGCUUUUUUUUUUUUCUACCUAAUGGAUGGGAGUAUCUAUCUGACCGCUCAACUCAGGCCAGUCAAUAGAAAAGAGAUGAUGAGCCAUAAUUUCUGCUGAAUGUAUAUAUAUUUUAAAUUGUCAUUUGUUUGGAUUAAAUGAUUGCUCUUCUCUA